GUGACGUCACGACAGGGUAAUUCCCCCCAAGGGAGCUUUCCAGAAGUUUGUCAGUGAUUUGUUUAUGAUGAAUAAAACUUUUACCGGAAAGUUAUCUAUUCUAUCAAAAACGACAUGCCAAAGUUACACGAAGCCAUCACGGUGUGCCAAGUUGUACGAAAUGAAACUCAAAACCAAUACAAUGGUUUCGUGUCGUAUUAUACCAUGCGUUCAUUUCAUGGACGCUGCAAGUGAUAAAACCAAAGAGAUUAAAACCAUCUCUUUGGAUAAAACCAAACAAACAAUAUCUGGCAUUUCGAAACAGUGGAAUCAUUUCUACCAAAAAUACGAGCAGUUUAUCGGCUUAACAGACGUUCAGAAUGCACAAAAUCAAGUGCAAAAGCGGGAAGAGCACUUUUUGCAAGCAAGAGCAGAAGAGAGAAGAGCAGUUCGUGAAGUUUUAGCAAUUCGUGAUCAGUUAAAACAUGUGAGGGAAAGAUUAAGCCACGUCAAUUAUUCCAAUCCAUUGUAUCCACAACUGGCAAAUGAACAACAUGAGCUGGUUACAAAAGAAGAAGGAAUGAAACUGACACUGGAGAACGCAGAAGAGAAUGAACGAGAUUCCUUCCAAAAGUUAUCUGCAGCGAUGCGGAACAGUUACGAGAAAGAAAGAGCACGAGUGGAGCAAACAAAGAACUGGUCUCUGAUUGGUUCAAUCAUAGGAACAAUUCUUGGUAUGAUUGGAGGAAGUUAUAUUAACAGAGUUCGAACGAAUGAUUUACGUCACAUGAUCGUUGAGCACGACCACAGCAAGGAUAUUCAAGAAGAUAUAGCUAAGGUGCUGCCUUUUGUUCACGAAAGAUAUGAAGAUAUAAAGGAUUCUGUAUCUCAACUACAAGCAUGUCUUGUUCGUGGUUUGCUGGAUAACCCACCUGAGGAGAAUGAAACAGAAGGCAACACAAUGGUGUUCCGGCAGUUUGAUGUUCAAUUAAAGGAGUUAAAAGCUCUUUGCAACAGUAUCAGUGUACGACUGCAACACCAGACUUCUCCUACUACAACUUCCACUACUGUUACUAAAACAUUAUCAGAACUUAACCAAAAACUUGAGCGUUUGGAAGAACUUUUAGGAAAGGAAACAAAAUCUGAACAUUUGGUCCAAAAGAGCAGUAAUGAUCAAGAGUCUAAGACUGAGAUAACUCAAGCAAAAGUUGACAAUCUACCUAAUGCUGAUUCUAGUCAAUUUGGGUUGUCGAGUCCCGUCACUGCUGUUUUAUGGGGGGCAAUCAUAACAGCUGUGUAUUACAUAAUAACGGUGUAACAAUCGCUAUUGUUUUGCAUGUGAACGUUUGUGUUUUAAGAUUUCAACGGCAGAAAAUUUGAACAUUUCAUUGCAAACAGUGCAGUGGUAGUCCUUCUGUAGUGAAGGUAUUGCUGUACUUCCUUCAUUCUGUGAAGUGCUGGCACAGUCAGCCUGAAAAUUAAUUCAAUUUAUUUUACAAUGCCAAAAUAUCAAUCGUCAUUCGUCAACCAUGUUAUAAUGUAAAUAUGUCGAUAAUAAUAAGAAAUUUUGUGUUGGUAAGAUAUAGUUAAAAAUAUUUGUAGUAUUGUAAUACAAAUAAUUUGUUUUAAUGUUGAAAAAACAUCCCAUAUAAAUCAGUUUCUUUAUUCAGA